AUGUCAGAUGAUGCCGGGGAGGACCCGCUUUCCGAGAAUGAGACAAUAACCUCCAGCAAGAGGUCCCAGAGCAAGCCGGAGAAUCAAAGAGGCCCCGCGAGGGUUGCCAAGAAGGCCAAGAAAGCUUUGAUCCAUAAAGGGGUCAUCACGAGGGAAGAGGCACGAAAGCUUGGUCCGGAAGAGAUCAACAGCAUGGUGAAGGAGUACCGGAAGGGGAGCUCCAACCUCUCGGAGGUCCUGCUGCAGCAGCUGGGGGAGAACCAGAAAGAGAACCUCUUCAAGAGGCUCUUCGAAGAGCACGAAGAGUUUCCGGGCAUGAAGUUCCCGGAGAUCACGGCCGAGCAACGAGGUAUUUUGGACGAGUCCCACGUGCAGAGCAACCAGCACUGCAAAAACAUGAAGGAGCACCUCCAGUGCAACUAUAUGCUGUCUGGCAAUCCAGGCACCAUGAAGUACUUGGACGUGAAGAACUCGUUUCUUCGGGUGAGGCGAUUCGGCGGCGGCCUCCAGGAGCUCAGCCUCAGUGGGGCUAUGGAGUACUGGGGCGACGAGGAGACCCUCCCGUCGCUGGCGAAGUCGAUGCACCAGGAGAAGCCCAUGAAGGUGAAGUUUGGCACGUCCACAAAAGCCAAAACUCACGACCUGACGAAGGAGCAGGUGGCCAAGUACCAUUUGGCCUGGGUGAACUAUAAAUCUACAUCCGGGAGGUAUUGCAAUGCCACGUACUCCAAGGACCAUCUCAAGCUCCACACCGAGCUCCAGAGGCCUAAACCCUAA